AUGGCAGAAGAGAAUGAAGCUCUUGACAAAACUCAUACUUGGGAUCAGAGUUCCAUACAUCUACAGUUUGGCAGAUUUGACACAGCAAAAGAAGUUUGGGAUUUGUUGGCAGCCCGCUAUGUCACCUCAGACUUGGCACAACAAUAUCAAUUAUGGGAUCAACUGCAUCGUCUGAAGCAAGAACCAGGUCAAUUGGUGAUCGACUUCCUUGCGCAAAUGCAAUCUAUAUGGGAUCUUCUCUCACAAGCUGAUCCUGCUUGGAAAUGCCAAGAUGAUGCACGUUUGUACACAACCCAUCAAGAUCGAGUUCGUCUUAUCCAGUUUCUUAUGGCGCUCCAUUCUGAUUUUGAAGCAGCUCGAGCUUCUCUUCUCCAUCGAAGCCCCCUUCCCACUCUUGAAAGUGCUAUCUCGGAACUAAUAUCUGAAGAAACUCGCCUCGGGAUGUUGAAGCCUCGUCGUUCAGACAUGGUGUUGGCAACAACAUCUUCUGCCAACAAGUUCUGUAAGAACUGCAAUCGCUCGGAUCAUACUUUGGCACAAUGUCCAACUGUAGAAUGCAGGUACUGCCCCAAGAUAGGUCACAUCCUGCCAUUUUGUCCUACUCGACCUCCCAAGCCGGACGCUAACAAAAUCAAGACUACUCCAAAGAAGGGUGGCCAUUCUGAGUUUUCUUCUCGCUCGAUUGCAGCCUCAGCCAUAAGUACCCAAGAUGAAAGUUCAUCUUCCUCUCCAUCUCUUACUCUCAACGACCUUGAAAACAUUCUCGCUCAACUGCGUGGUAAUUCUAAUCCUACACCUACCAUGUCUGCCCUAUCAGGAUCCUCAGACGGGACAUGUCAUUGGGACAGGCCGUAA